AGAAUUCUGAGACUAAAAGAUGGAAUCAAAGAAGGAAAAACAUUCAUUCAACAAGGGGGGAAAAUGCAGACUAUGAAGAAAGUUCAUCAUUUUCUCCUGGUCUGUCUGUCACUGAUAACCUUUCCAUUCCCUGCAAAAUCCCUCUCCCAAGAACAUCCAGUGGUGAGUUACUGUGGAAAAACAAGAAUCCAAGCACCCUUUCUUGACCCUCAUCCUCUCAACUCAACACACUCAUCUUUCUUGAACAAUCUACUCCUCUGCAAAUCCAACAUUCUUUACAUGAGAACAGCAAUAGGGCUUUUCCAUGUUUCUGCCAUUGAUUACAAUUCCAAGCUCUUAACCCUUUCCCACUCUUCUUGCUCCACUUCUUCCCAUUUUAUAUCUCCCCAUCUCUUAUCCUCCGGAUUCCCUUCUCCCCUUGAACCCAACUCCCUGCUUCUCUUCAACUGUUCAAACCAGACAGCAUUAUCCAUUGAAUCACCACUGUUACAUAGUUGCAGAAACCUUAAACCCUUCAAAGAUUCUCAUGACUCAGUGUUCUGUGGAGGAGAUGUGAUGGGAGCAGAGAGUCCUUAUUCUUCAUGCUUGGUGGUUGAGGAUGUGGGGGAGAUGGAGAAGGAUUUUCACCCUAAACAACUGGGCUGCACACACUACAGAAGAGUGUACAGAAUAAGAUUAUUAGCAGAGAAUGAGGAUGUUGGGUUAGGAACAAGGCUUUCCUUUGAUGUUCAUGUGCCCAAUCCUUGUGAUGAGUGCAGGAAGCCUUAUGGGAAUUGUGGAGUUGGUCUGAAAUGCAUUUGUCAUAUAAGUGAAUGCAAGGACAAAGUAAUCAAUGGAGGUUCAACCCCAACUCCCAGUGGGAGCAUCAUCUUCAGUUUGGGUUUGGUUGUUGCAUUCAUGAAUCUUUUCUAGGAUUAGAGAUUAAGGUAAUUGUAUUAACAUUGUCAUUUUGUGGAUACUUAUAAUGUUGAGUGGACAAAAGAAUGAGAAUUAUUUGCAUUCAGAUAUUGACAA